GCAGCAGCGGCGGCGGCGGCGGCGGCGGCGGCGGAGGCGCCCGGUCCCGGCCGCGCGGAGCGGACAUGUGCAGGCUGGGCUAGGAGCCGCCGCCUCCCCCCCGCCCAGCGAUGUAUUCAGCGCCCUCCGCCUGCACUUGCCUGUGUUUACACUUCCUGCUGCUGUGCUUCCAGGUACAGGUGCUGGCGGCCGAGGAGAACGUGGACUUCCGCAUCCAUGUAGAGAACCAGACGCGGGCUCGGGACGAUGUGAGCCGUAAGCAGCUGCGGCUGUACCAGCUCUACAGCCGGACCAGUGGGAAGCACAUCCAGGUCCUGGGCCGCAGGAUCAGUGCCCGAGGCGAGGACGGGGACAAGUAUGCCCAGCUCCUAGUGGAGACAGACACCUUUGGUAGCCAAGUCCGGAUCAAGGGCAAGGAGACGGAAUUCUACCUGUGUAUGAACCGGAAAGGCAAGCUCGUGGGGAAGCCUGAUGGCACCAGCAAGGAGUGUGUGUUCAUUGAGAAGGUCCUGGAAAACAACUACACAGCCCUGAUGUCGGCCAAGUACUCCGGCUGGUACGUGGGCUUCACCAAGAAGGGGCGGCCGCGGAAGGGCCCCAAGACCCGGGAGAACCAGCAGGAUGUGCACUUCAUGAAGCGCUACCCCAAGGGGCAGGCGGAGCUGCAGAAGCCCUUCAAGUACACCACGGUGACCAAGAGGUCCCGGCGGAUCCGCCCCACACACCCCGGCUAGGCCGGCCAUGCCCCCCAGGCCCCCCGGCUGCACCCACACUCACAGAGAACUGCAUCAGAGGAAUAUUUUUACAUGAAAAAUAAGGAAGAAGCUCUAUUUUUGUACAUUGUGUUUAAAAGAAGACAAAAACUGAACCAAAACCCUUGGGGGAGGGGGAGCGAUAAGGAUUUUAUUGACUUGAAACCCCCGACCACAAAAGACUCACGCAAAGGGCCUGUUGUCAACGCACAGGUGCUUGUCUCUCUAGGAACAGACAACUCAAAACUCGUCCCCAGAGGAGGACUUGAAUGAGGAAAACGACACUCUGAGAAACCAAAGUCCUUUUUCCCAAAGGUUCUGAAAGCAUAAAAAAAAAAAAAAGCG